AUGGAAGUUAAAAUUGUCUUCCAGAGCUUUGGAUGUUACAAAUUUAUGAUCUUGAAGGGGUUGUACAUGCCUAUGCUGGAGAAAAUUGGUCAAGUGGGAAGGCCGCUCAAGAAUGCAAGAUUUGUGAAAUUGAAGAUCUUGAGUGUGGUUUUGUUUCAGGAUCAAGUCCACAUUCAACCCAUUUCUCCUUCAUGCAACCUAGUUGCAAACACUACCUUUCAACCUUUCUCCCGUUCUUCCAAUUCCAAUACAUCUUUUUUGUUUAAAGAAAACCUUGGCCAAAUUCUGCUUCAUGGGGCUUCUCUCACACUCGUGUAUAACCUUCUCUCUCUUAAACAUCACUAA